AUGCGUGUGUUACCGGCGAGUAUCAUUAUGCUUGGGAGAUUCUCAGGGAACGCAACUACAGAUCUGCGGAAUAACUCCAUCUCAGAAUGGCAUGACUGGUACCUAUUACAGUAUAAAGACCAAUCUUCGCAAGAGGAUGCCAUUGAAGCAGUACUAGCAGAACUUUUACUAGACAUUCGUAAAAACCCUUUAAGCUGUGACUGCCAUGCUCACAAUUUGAUUAAAAGAGUACAACAGUCACCAUUUUCAAGAUGGGCCAAAAGUGAAUAUCUUGGUAUAACGUGCUAUGAUCCUCCAAAUUUACGUGACCAGCGAGCGUUCUAUGAUGUGGCACUUACGGAACUGAACUGCAACAUUAUGGAUAAUUGUCCGACAGGAUGUCUGUGUCAAGACCGACCUGAAGAGGGCAUUUUAAACGUCGACUGCCAGUGGUUAAAUCUGACGAGUAUGCCAGACACUCUUCCAAGAAGUCCAUAUAACAAAAUUGAAUUACAACUUGGAAACAACGAAAUAACCAAGUUUAGUAACGUUAGUUACUUAAAGUAUGUUACGAAUAUGUCAAUGCCUGACAAUUCGCUUACCACUUUACCGGACUUUGUCAUAGAUGAAAUAGCAAGUAAAGAAAAUGCAUUCAUUGACUUUCGCAACAAUGCUCUUACUGUUGUUCCUUCAUGAGCACAAAAGAUACAGUUUCAAAACGUACAAUUCCAUGGAAACAACCUAAAAUGUUCAUGCGCUAUGUUAUGGAUGAUAGAUUGGAUCAAUCUGGCGCCAAGAUACGCUGACAAGAAUUUAAGUUGUACAUUAGAAGGUGUAGUGUACAAAAUAAUUGAUUUAGAUAAAGAUAUGCUGAAAUGUUAUGAUUAUGGAUAUAUGGUUAUAGUUGGAUAGAACUUUUUAAGAAUUAUUUUGACGCUUUAUAUCGUUAAAGCCUGGGUCUUACCUUUUACUAUAUGAUUACAGAGUGUCUGAAUGUGGCUUAAGAAAUUACAAGUUUCUCUCAUACAGUGUGUCUGAAUGUUGCUAAAGAAAUUACAUGUUUCUCUCAUAUCCAGUGUGUCUGAAUGUGGCUAAAGAAAUUACAAGUUUCUCUCAUAUCCAGUGUGUCUGAAUGUGGCUAAAGAAAUUACAAGUUUCUCUCAUAUCCAACCUGUCUAUACGUUGCUAAAGAAAUUACAAGUUUCUCUCAUAUCCAGUGUGUCUAAACGUGGCUAAAGAAAUUACAAGGUCUCUCAUAUCCAGUGUGUCUGAAUGUUGCUAGAGAAAUAACAAGUUUCUCUCAUAUCCAGUGUGUAUAUAUGUUGCUAAAGAAAUUACAAGUUUCUCUCAUAUCCAGUGUGUCUGAAUGUGGCUAAAGAAAUUACAAGUUUCUCUCAUAUCCAGUGUGUCUGAAUGUGGCUUAAGAAAUUACAAGUUUCUCUCAUAUCCAGUGUGUCUGAAUGCGGCUAAAGGAAUUACAAGUUUCUCUCAUAUCCAGUGUGUCUGAAUGCGGCUAAAGGAAUUAAAAGUUUCUCUCAUAUCCAGUAUGUCUGAAUGUGGCUAAAGAUAUUACAAGUUUCUCUCAUAUCCAGAGUGUCUGAAUGCGGCUAAAGAUAUUACAAGUUUCUCUCAUAUCCAGUGUGUCUGAAUGCGGCUAAAGAAAUUACAAGUUUCUCUAAUAUCCUAGUUGAUAUUAAAUGUAAAAUAUGUCGGAAACCACGUGACGCUUUUUUCUUGUUUCACUCAGAACUAUAACAACUGUUCACCGGACGAAGCACGUUUAGGUGCCUCAUUAAUUGCUUGUAGCCAAACUAUAAUCAGACAUUACUGAUGAAAA